UCCCAGUCCUGUUCAGCAUUCAUUUUCCUUCUCUUUCCAGUUCCCUAAUCUGAUAAAUCACGUGGGGAGAGGGAGGGGGAGGAGUAUGUGAUGUAACCUCAUCUCCUGCAAAGUUACGAAACUGCCUUCAGCAACAACACGGUGUCUGCAUCUCGUGGUGAUUUUACGCUUGUUUUGCUGUCUGCUGCGUGUACCCAGAGUGACAGGAAAACUGGUGGUAUGCUGGGGACAUCCUGAAGAAAGGGAGACUUGAAGCCAGCUGCACUGGUGGGAACUUGUGAUGGCUUCAACUUGGCAGAAAACUCAAGAAUUCUACAACUGGAUCCUUGAAAGUGGAGAUCCAAGGACAGACCCAUGGCCUCUGGUCCACUCUCCACUGCCAGUUAUGUUCCUUUUUGCCUUCUACCUCCAUGUUGUGGCACUGGGGUCCUUCUACAUGCGUAACCAGAAACUGCUGAAGCUGCGAGGUCUGCUGGUUGCCUACAAUCUAUCCAUGAUGAUGUUAUCAAGUUACAUGUUUUAUGAGUUUCUGGUAACUUCAGUCUUGGAUGACUACAGCUACCUGUGCCAGCCAGAGGAUAAUAGCCGAAGUGAGCUAGGAAUGAGGAUGGCAAGAGUGUGUUGGUGGUUCUUCUUCUCCAAAGUCAUCGAGCUGCUUGAUACGGUUUUCAUUAUUCUGCGCAAGAAACAAGAACAGUUGACUUUUCUGCAUGUGUAUCAUCACGGCACUAUGCUGUUCAACUGGUGGUCAGGGGUGAAAUACGUGCCUGGAGGACAAGUGCCAGUUUGUGGCCAUUGCUGUUCAUUCUUUCUACAACCUCUUCACAGAAUGCCCGUUCCCUGAUGGUUUCAACAUUGCAGUCUUCCUUUACAUUCUCAGCCUCAUUGCUCUCUUCCUACGCUACUACUAUUGGACGUACACUAGGGGAAAGAAGAAGAAGCUAACUUAAAGAAAACCAAAGAGGAGAGUGAGCAUAUUUGCAAAUUCUCUGCUGCUUCUGUCAUGAUUGCAUGAAGAAAAAAUGUAUUUGGGGAGUGUAUGUGAGGCUCUUGUGUGCAAACCCUUGGUUGCCUUCAAAUAUUUUGAGUUAGGAAGAGAAAAGGAACAACAUAAACUCAAGAGUUAAGAUAUUAAUGAGCUCACUUACUUGAAGCUGGUACAAAGCCAAGCCACAUAGUCAUCAAUACAGAAGUCUUUGUGAAAUUAGCACCAGAAGAGCUCCACUUUCCGUUCCAUCUGUCAGCAUGGUUUGCAAAGUCUAUCAUUCAACCAUGACUCCUUGACUCAUUUCUGUAGAGUUUCUUUCCAUUCCUAAGACUGUCUCAGCUUACCAUUGUAGAUCAGGCAGGCUCAGGUGCCUCCAGCCUCAAAGCAGUGUCCGUGUGACAGCAGCAGCCAGGAAUUACUGUAAUUGUGGGAUGCACUCACCUGUACACUUCACCCCAGCCUUUCCUAUUGAGGAAAUUUCCAGUAGGACUGGGAUGAAUUACAGCUAUAUGGCCCUUAUGGUUUCACUUUAUGUUAGUGUAACCAUGAAGGAAACUGGAUAUUACUUUGUCCAACCAAACAGCUGCCUCUGUUCUUCUUUCACUGUUCUGAAGCUAAAGAUGGCAUUAUUGUCUCUAAUCUGUCACACAAGCCUUUCCAUCCUGACUAGGAAACUAAUGUAGUAAGAAUCAUAAUGUAACACUUUCUGGAAUGCUUAUUUGCCUUUUGUUGCUUUCAUAUCAUUAGAGAAGUUUUCAUGCAUGAGGACUAUUUGGUAUUGCUUGCUAUAGAUGCCAUAUUUUUGAAUAAGAAGAAUAAACUGAGGCUCUGCAUUCAUAACUUUUUUUUCCUAUUUGUUAUUACUAUUAUUAUUUCAAACUUUUGUCUCUUAUCAAAGAUGAAAAGUUUUCCACCACCUUAAGCAAUAACUUUCACUACCAAAUUGUAUGAGUAUUAAUACAAAAUUUAUGAAGUCAACUCACUGGCUAGUGCAAAGCUGCAUAGCUCCAGUGACUUUAUUGAUUCACUUGUUGGCUCCUUUUUUGCUCCUAAAUCAAUUAGAACUAGAGUUUGGCACUUCCAUUCAUCUGUAGACAGUUAAGUAAUUUUAAAAAUUUGGUCCUGGAAAUCUAAAAUUCAGUUUUUAAACUAUGAAUUUGUAUUUAUUUAUUCCAUUCUACUUUUUUGAUUAAAAAUAGUGAUUUAAAAAUAGUGAUUUUUUUUUCACAGUUGAAAUGCAAAGUUCUUAAAGCCAAAUUCACAUCAAAUAUAAAAAAGUCUGUUUUUUAUGGAAAAGUCCAUGGGGGUAAUCUACUGCCUACAUGGGUGCAUACAAAAAAAACCUGCACAUUUUACAUCAAUUUGGAACUUACUGGCUAUCCAAAAUAAAUGCUACUUGUUCAUCACUGAUAUGUGUGUGCAUAUGCCAAACUUUGCCCUUAGCUGCUACAUUCACAUUUAUAAGAUAAAUUAGUAUUCUUCCAUUCCUUGUCCUCCUUCUUCACACACAAUGAUUCUAUGGUAUUACCACAAUGAUAUAUUAUAAAUGUAAUUCCAUUGAUUUGAGUAUUCUGAUUUUCAUUGGUGAAUAUGAAAAGCAAAUCAGGCCUUAUUUCAGUCUGUGUGUUAGCUGUUCUUCCUGCCAAAUAUUUCUCUCUGCUACUUGUUAUAUGAAUUAUGCUGCUUUUUCAUACUAUAAUGCAACUGUUGUUAAAGCUUUAAAUGAUAAACCUCUGGGUGAGUCCUUGGUUCUUCUCUUUGUUUGGUGAAGCAGGAAAAAUAAACCUGCUGUGUAUCUAACAUACUGUAUUCAUGGUCAAGGUUUCCCAAGAGGCCUCUCUAGCACUGAAGAUUGGUGCAAGUAAAGCUCUUUUAUUGUUUUUAUCCACUUAGCGAUUCACUUAUGUCUGUGUCUGGCAGUACACUUGGCCCCCUAGUUUCAUGGUAGAGCAUAACUCUUCCUGCAGCUGGAUAUAUUAUCCAUGCUUACAAACAAAUCUAAUGAAUUUAGCUCUUUUUCCUAUAUGUGAAGGAUCAUGAACAGAUCUUGAGCUGAUUUUCCUCUCCCAUAAGCUUUCUCAGAUUUCAAGGGCUAAUGGUUCUGAUUUCAAAGGUUACUAAUUUCAAGGGCAUCACUAAUAAUUUUAUUCCAGAGUUGGCAUAAAACAUUUUGUUAUUCUUUGACUCAUUAAUAAUUCAUGACUGCUUAGAAAGUAGAAAUUAGAUGGAAAUUUGGAUAAGAUUACUCAACACUUUUGCAAAUCUACUCCUUAAAAACAAACAAACAACAAAAAAAAAAACAUAACUUUUUAUUGUUGUUGUUUUAAGCAGUGCAUGCAGAUUAAUUUCUGUAUGUCAGAGCUUACUGCAAUGGAUUCUAGACUGUGUCUGGCUGCAUAGUUAAUGAUAAAAUGCAAAGGAAUGAAUCUGCCACUUGGUAGCUUGUAGUAAGUGACCGAGCACCCAACACACAUGGCUGUAACUGUUUGUCCUAGACAAGUAACCUCUGAUCUAUCCAUACCUGUCCUUCUUCCUUAGCCUGGGUGAGUGGCCUGAUCUUGCACUUCUGAACAG